UUUGUAUCUGACAGUUUCAACAUCUGCAGUCUAAAAGUCUGUGGUUUCUGGGUUCUGUUGACUCUUAGAGUGGCUUGUCUUCUCAAGCUGUAAUCUCUUUGCUUGAUGUACAUCCGUGAAAGUCUUGCAGAAUCAACUUGAAGAAAUUUUCCUUCAGAGAAGGCUCGCUUCUGCCUCUGCUCUGAGCCAAGGGGUGCCCCACACCAGGAACUGUUACCCCUUCUGAGAGUUUUGGCUCAAAACAGAGUUUUAAGCUUAGUUUCCUCUCCUCGCUGCUGUUGCAAGGUAAUAUGCUCACAGUCAGUACUGCUCACCCUCCUCCUUCCGCCCACCUGUCUUUCCAGUUUGGCUCCAUGCUGCACCACCUCACCACUGCACCAGCCUUGGCGCCCCAUCUCUGUGGCCCAGGCUUCCAGCCCCACCUCGGGCCCAGCUCCUGGCCACUGCCGAUGCAGAUCUUUGUUUCAUUUUGAAGAAAAGGUCCCUGGAGACCUCUCCUACCUUUUGCCAGACCAUUGGUGUCUCAGUGUGUGUGUAAACAAGAAGUCUGAGUUAUGGGGAAGUUGUAGGAGAGUUCCUCAGAAUUAGUCAGACCUUCAUGACAACAGAAGCACAGCAUUUUCUAAAACAUUAAAAAUCUUAAUUACACUAAAAUUCCAGGAUGGUUGGGCCAGUGGGGAAUAAAUCAUGUUAACUAAGAAAGCAAGGGAGGGAGCUACUGAGAAUAUCAAGGUUGGAAUCCAUAUUGCUUCCAGCCAGAGGCCAGUUCCUGGUCGGUGGCUCCCAUGCUGGUCUCCGAUGUUCAGGAAGUGGUGUCAGCAGAGACUGAGCUGCACCCUUUCUUUGGACAGAUGGCAGGAGAAGAGAACUUCAAGGAAGAGCUCAGAUCCCAGGAUGCUUCCAGGAACUUGAACCAGCAUGAGGCAGCAGGGCAUCCACAUUCCUGGUCUCCGGAGAUGCUGUUACGCAGAUUGAGGGCUGACCACACCAAGCAGGAUGACAAGUUUGCCAACCUCCUGGAUGUGGUGGGGGAGUUUGGCACAUUCCAGCAGAGGCUAGUGGCCCUCACCUUUAUCCCCAGCAUCAUGUCAGCCUUCUUCAUGUUUGCUGACUACUUCGUGUUCACAGCCCAAAAGCCCUAUUGCAACACCAGCUGGAUCCUGGCAGUGGGCCCCAACCUGUCUGAAGCUGAGCAGCUGAAUCUGACCAUACCCCGAGCACCCAACGGCAGUUUCCUGAUGUGCCUCAUGUACCUUCCUGUGCCUUGGAAUCUGGAUUCUAUCAUCCACUUUGGCCUCAACGACACAGACAAAUGCCGAGAUGGGUGGAUCUAUCCUGACGCUAAGAAGAGAUCGCUGAUCAAUGAGUUUGACUUGGUAUGUGGCGCGGAGACGAAGAAGGACACUGCACAAAUCAUGUUCAUGGCAGGACCCCUGAUAGGCUCUCUCAUCUUCGGGCUCAUAACUGACAAGAUGGGCCGCUACCCUGCCAUCCUGCUGUCACUGCUGGGGCUGAUCAUCUUCGGCUUUGGGACAGCCUUCGUGAACAGCUUUCACCUGUAUUUGUUAUUUCGCUUUGGCAUCUCACAGUCAGUGGUGGGCUACGCCAUCAGCAGCAUUUCUCUGGCCACUGAGUGGUUAGUGGGCGAGCACCGGGCCCACGCCAUUAUCCUGGAACACUGCUUUUUCGCUGUUGGGGCCAUGUUGCUGACGGGGAUCGCCUACAGUCUUCCCCACUGGCGGCUGCUGUUUCUGGUGGGUGGGGUACUUGCGGUCCCCCUCAUCUCCUAUAUCUGGAUUCUCCCGGAGUCCCCACGGUGGCUGAUGAUGAAAGGGAAGGUGAAGGAGGCCAAGCAGAUGCUGUGCUAUGCUGCAAGUGUGAACAAGAAGACCAUUCCUUCAAAUCUGCUGGACGAGGUGCAGCUGCCCAGAAAGAAGGUGACUCAGGCCUCUGUCCUGGACUUCUGUAAGAAUAGGCAGCUCUGCAAGGUGAUCUUGGUGAUGAGCUGUGUGUGGUUUACCGUCAGUUACACCUAUUUUACGUUGAGCCUGAGAAUGAGAGAGCUGGGAGUGAGCGUCCACUUCAGACAUGUGGUCUCCAGCAUCAUGGAGGUGUCUGCCCGGCUGUGCUGCAUCUUUCUCCUCCAGCAGAUUGGGAGGAAGUGGAGCCUGGCUGUGACUCUCCUCCAAACCAUCAUCUGGUGCUUGCUUCUCCUUUUCCUCUCUGAAGAGCUGAAAUCCAUGACGAUCUUGGUGCUCACACUUGGAGAGUUCAGCCUGGCCGCCACCGUCACUGUGUUCUUCCUCUACACCGCCGAGCUCCUCCCCACCGUGCUCAGGGCAAGAGGUCUGGGGCUGGUGUUUCUGGCCUCGGCGGCUGGAGCCAUCUUGUCCCUGACAAUCAUCAACCAGACCCACUCCCUCCUGCCCAUCUUUCUCUGCUGCGUCUUAGCCAUCGUGGCCUUUUCCCUCUCCUUCCUGCUACCGGAAACGCGAAAUCGGCCCCUCUUCGACAGCCUGGACCACUCCCCACAGAUGAGGAAUAAGGUCAAGGACAUGACGAUUGAGGAUACGUCAUCUGAUGAUAGGUCGUCUGAUGAUAUGUCUGAGGAAGCGGCCAAGAACGUCGUUCUCAAUGCCCAGAUCCUGAGAUUGGACCCAUACCCUGUCUCUAAACCUGCCUUGGAGCAAUAAAGAGGAAGCAAACAUUCAGGCUCCCCAAGGGCCAGGCCCCCAGACCAUCUUGGGUUGGAAUCGAGUGGCCAAGUAUGGGGUUGUGGAUUCCAGGCCACAGAUUCCAGGCCCAGUUCAGUCUGUGGGGCAGGAUCAGUCCUGCUCCCGGACCAGCCCUUGACAUUAAAAAAAAUGGCCCCCCUUCUGCGGGAGCUCUGCUGUGAUUCAUUCCAAUAAAGGUACAAUGUUGGUCUUGA